UUGACUACGACAAGUAGCAAAAUAUUCUAUUUUCCUUUUUCAAUAGCCCCGAAAAACAUAUCCGUUCAAAACGUUGGCCUAAAUUCGAUUACGGCGUUACUAGAACCUGCAGCUGGAAGUGACAAUUUUACCCUCAAUUACACCAUCAUUACUGCUGAUCACUCUGGACCGAUACAGGAGUGUCAAGCGACACCCAUGCCAGAUAGACCUGGUUGUACAAUUGAGGGACUGGCCAGUGGAAGUACGUACUUGCUUACAGCGAAGGCAUGUCACUACGGUGUAUGCAGUGCUCCUUCGUCACCGGUUACCGUGAAGACUCUCGGAGAAGAACCCGAAAGCACUGCUGCUACCGAACAGUCCACGGAGGCCGAAACUAGCGAACCCGGAACCACUACCGAAACAUCCGAGUCCACGGACACCGGAGCGAAC